UGGUGUGUGUGUGUGCUGUGUUCACCCACUCCCCUAAAGUAACCUUUAUUUCCGAAUAGAGUACGUGUUGUCCUAAGAAACAGCGUCACUUUGCGGUGUAAGCAUUGUUGUCACUUCCGAUGAUAGAUCAGCGCGUAGAAUUCCUUUCUCGGGGACACCAUUCGACGACUGAGCAGUCGGUGCGCGCACAGUAGCUUUAGCUUUCCGUUUUUCGCCUGAGAAGUCGGCUUCCCCACAGCCCUCGAAGUGCGCCGACACUCUGCCGGCAAGAUGUGUUUGACCAGAGGCGCUGGUUUGACACUACACGUUCAAGUGGCGGAGGCGCUGCGCAGGACAGUGCCGGCGCGCUAAAUACACUUGGAAAACAAGACGUAACCAAUUCCACGAAAAUAAUGUUCCACUUGUUCGAGACGACGCGACUGCUCUCCCUGCCGUCUUCUCGCCGUCAUGACGGUGUUCGGGCCUCGGUGGUUUUAUCAACGUUCGCCGAGAACGCCGACUGGCAGAUCUUGGUUCUUGUCUGCAGCAGUGGGCACGUGGUUUUGUACCUGCGGCACUUGCAAGACCCCCGACCCCGGUUCUGGACCUUGCCAUGGUCGACGCCACGGAGGCCACACCCAUUUGGCGAAGUGGUGGCACUGUGCAUGGACCCCCUGGGCACCAGGGUUGUCCUUGUGACUGCUGGUAGCGCACUGUUUGUCUGGGACAUCACCCCAUUUCUGGACGAAAACACAUGCAGUGCCAGCAGGAACGUGGUGGAUGACACGCAAUCAAUUCGUCUCCCCAGAGACCGAGGAGUGCCCACGUGUGUCUGCUGGUGGCAAACUCUGAAGGGAGUUUCGGUUGCUGUCGUUGGCACAGAGCUGGGAGAGCUGCGCUUUGUAGACCUGCAAGGAAAGACUCAGCUGGCUUCCACGGCCAUUGGGCACGCUAUCGUGGAUGUGCACGUCGUGAGCGCCGUUCGCAACAUCACCCACCUUCUUGUGACCGACAUCGACCGACAGCACUGGCAUCUGCUGCUGGAGGACAAAGCCAGCAAUCACGACUGGCUCCGGGGCGGUCACUUGCCGGUUAUCACCACUGUUGGUGCUGCCGGUGCUGCCACGUCCGAGUGGCGACUGUGGUCAUCGACAGACCGUGAAGACUCAAUGGCAGGGCAAGACAACAGUCCACCCCAGCAACCUCGUCGUGUGUCCAAGCUCGGCCGGGACACGCUCCUGGACAAGCAGACUGUCCAGGGUCGCCAGUGUCUGCUCGUGCUGGACGCAGCCUCGGGCCAGCUCGAGCUUUACGACGGUGGGGAUGUGGCCCGUCGAGCGUCGUGCCUGUACAGUGUGCCCGUGACAGGUGCGCGCCGUGUGGUGUUGACGGACCAGCUGCUCGUUGUGGCCGCUGGUGGGGAGAGUGGAUCACCCGACACCCAACUGCACCUGUUCUCCAAAAGUGCCCUUGAUUUCGCCAGCAUCAGCACAAAAAAGAAAGAGUGCAUCGACCCUGCCCUGCAGAGGAUCGUCAUCAAAGAGCCCACCUUGGCGAUUUAUCGUUGCUCGAGGCCUCGUUACCAGCCGCAGGCAGCAGCAGCAACAACUGGAACUGAUGCUGUGAGUGAAAACCUUAAGGAUGCCGACGAGGUGUCGCUGACCUCCGAGACUUUUCUGGAUGGCUUCUUCGUGGUGACGCGAUACGGCAUCUAUGCCUGCAAGUCCAAGUGUUCAGUGGAGCGCCUGUUCCUGAGUUUUACGAGUUCACCCUCGACGCUGUCCUCGGCAGAGCACCUGGGUGCCCUGUUGAACCUGGACAUGUUCUCCCUGUACGAGGCAGCCGCGGAGGCACAGCUCGUGCGCGGACAGUUUCCGCAAGCCGUACGCCUGUACCAAUUGUCCAAGUGUCCUCAGCUGAAAAGGGUGGCCCACUUUGCGAGCCGGGGCUUCCUCUCGGAGCUGCUGGCCUACGUGCAGGUGCUGUUUGGCACCAGGGCCUCCGAGAUACCCGCACCCGACCGGGUCCACUUUGCCAAUGUGGCUGCCCUGGGGUUUGUGCAGCAGGUGCUGAGCAAGCGCCACGCCACGGCCGACCGCGACGCCGUCCUCCAGGCGUUCAGGGAGUUCCUGCGAGAGAACCUGUACUACGAUGCGUCGGUCGUGAUGCGGAUGCUGUCGGAGCAGCGCCUCUACGAGCUGCUCUACCACUGUGCCCAGCUGCGUGGUCAGCGGCGCCUGAUGGUGGAACAACUGGUGCACUUUGACCCCAGCCUGGCCCUGGACCCGGCCACGUGCGCCGUUCUUGCCAGCCGAGGUUACGGACACCUCCUCCAGCAGGCCACACACGAGUACUUCCCGGUGUGUGUGACCGACCCGGACCUGCUGCUUCCCCUGUCGUGUGACCUGUCGCUACUGGGCACACAUUUACGGCUACUGGCCGACCUGCUGCCGCGUCUGGAGCCCGACAUGGUGCAGCGGGUGGCCAGAAUGUACGACGCAUCACGGCCGGGUCCGGCUCUAGCCCUGCGACGAAUCCUGCUCGCAUCUUCAAGGCAGGGCCGCUACCCUGGCUCUUCUUCUUCGUCUCUUUCGACAGACUCGCUGGACUUGACACAAUCGGACGACGACACGGUCAACGAGGAAGACAUUGUCAAGUUCAUGAUCUUUGUACUGCUGAUGCUGAACCGGCGUCGGUCUAAGAACCGGGGCUACGACGAAAAACUGCUGAGGACCGGCUUCUUCACGCCCUCAGCCCCGUCCAGUUUGAAGCGCACCGCCUCCCAGGAGCCCGAACGUUACGUGGCCUGCGGCCAGUCCCACUGCGGCCUGGUGGUUCGUGGCAAGGCCUACACCUGGGGCCGAGCUCAGUUUGGCCGGCUGGGCCACCGGGAGAGCCACAAGGAGAUCCUGGGUGUCACGUGUGUCGAGGUGCUCGACAACCUGAGGGUCAAGGUGACGCAGGUGGCCUGUGGCACCCACCACACCCUCUUCAACACCGACGCAGGCGUGUUUUCGUGCGGCUCAUCGCGCUACGGCCAGCUGGGCCUGGGCAACGUGCAGAGGACCUGGGUGCCUCACUUGGUCGACACCCUGGCCGGCAGGGAGGUCAUCAAGGUGGCCGCUGGACUAUACCACUCACUGGCAGUCACCAAAGAUGGCAGCCUGUUCACCUGGGGCUGGGGAGUUCAUGGCCAGCUCGGCCACGGCAGCUGUGCCGAUGAGAGGCAUCCUCGGCCAGUGGCCAGCCUGGCCGACCACAAGAUCAUCGAUGCCUACGGGGGCUGUGGUCAUUCGGUGGCACUGACCUCGGAGGGUGUGGUGUUCACCUUUGGGUGCAACCUGUUUGGCCAGCUGGGCCUGGGCCGAACAACCAAGAAGAGCAACCCCCAGCGGCUUGACCUGGGAGAACCCGUGCGACUGCUGUGCUCGGGAUUCUUCCAAGUGCUGGCGCUUCUGUCGUCGGGGCGCCUGGUGACGUGGGGUGCCAACCCUCAGAGCCUGCGGCUGCAGGCACAGUCGUCGCGUCGCUCGCGCCUCCAGGCAGUGGUGGCCCAGAACGAGCUGCUCUCCUCCCUGGCGGGGGGACCCCACGGGGGAAACCUGCGGCACCCGGCCUCGGCAGCGGCUGCCGCGGCCCUGCCCGCACCCGGCACCAGCCCCAUGGCACAGGCCUUGCUCCAUGGCCACCAGCGCCACCUGUCGCCCACUGAGGUGGACCUGUCGGCAGUACGAGGACCCCUGGUGGCCAUGGCCUGUGGCUCCAACCACGCACUCCUGCUCACCCGGGAUGGGGAAAUCUAUGCCUGGGGCCGCAACACUGAAGGACAGCUCGGACUGGGAAACCGGAAGGACCAGAAAAACCCUCAGCUGGUGUCGCACCUGGCCCAGCGGAGCAAGGUGGCACAGGUGUCAUGUGGCCGAGACUUCAGCCUGGCCCUGGACACCCAGGGCAAGCUAUGGGCCUGGGGACAGAACGACGGUGGACAGCUGGCGUGCAAGGUGCCGACGGAGGAAAGCUCGGUGCGCCAUCUGCGGGUGCUGUCGAGCCGCAUGAUCACCAUCCGCACCAGUCGCUGCCUCAUCACCAUUCCCCAGGGACAACGCACGGGGGAGGUGAGGCCCAUCGAAGUCACCACCCUGCCCCCAGAGAUCACCCGGCCACCCCCGGAAGACCUCGAGCAGUCGUUGCGACAAAAGGCCUUCCAGAAUGCAUACCUGAGCCGCACUACACCGACCUUUGACCUGGGUUCUCUCGAUGACCCACCGUACGGUCCUGUGGCCUUGCACACUGCCUUGGAGGCAUUCCGAGGCAGCUACGAUCCUACUUCGGUCGUCAACUACUGCCAACGCUUCUCGGACUUCCAGGCUGCUGCGAAGGUCUCGCUGCUUGAGGGGCAGUUUGCCCAGGCCCUGCAGUACCAGUUCCAGGCUCUGAUGUUUGACCCUAAGGUGACACGUGAGUUCCUGACGACAAAUGCAGUGGAGGCCGUCACCUACUACCUGGGGCUUAUUGACAAGGAGAACAGUGAAGCUAACUUCGGCUUCUUUGAAAAUAUGGUAAGCUUCUGGCAAGAGGAGGAACUCCCUGUGAAGCCACUGGAGCAACUCUUCCAGGCCAACCUUCCGGACAUUGGCUACUCUCUGGGCCUGGUUUUGUUCAGCAACGAGCGGGAGGUGGUGUCCCAGUUUGUGUCGCGCCUGUCGACUGGACUCUGCCUGUCGCUGGCGGCCGCCAUGCGUGACCGGGUGACCUCGGGCCACCCCCACGGGGAGCUGAUCGGGGUGCUACUCGAGAAGUCCGGCACGGCCGCCCUAGCUGCCCAGAUCCGACUGGUGGACGAGAGUGCCGGAUGGGAGCCCGCCGUGCCACCGCAGCGCCUCUGGGAGCAGCUGGUGCGCAGCCUCGGACAUGGUAUCCGGCGCAAGGCAGCACUCAGGCUCUCGGCCCCCGAGGUGGAACGGCUGACGCAGACGCUGCUUGCCGAGCAGUCCGCCAAGGCCGGCACCUCCCCGACCGACAAACUGGCCGGCAACGCCUUGGUCUUCUCGUGUGGCCACAACACAACAGCCACGGUGUUUCACGAGACGGCAAUGCCAGAGCUGGAGGACUCCCUGCUGAGGCGACUGCAGCGACCCCUGCCUCUGACGGCCAAGUUACUUACUCACGGCUAUGCGAUGCCCGGGGUGAUUCCGUUUGCGUGUCCACGGUGCGUCGUCAACGAGAUACGUGCCAACUGGUGAAUCGGCGUGACAUUCUGA